CCGGCCCCACGUACCCACGGUAACCAAUUCCAAACAAAGUCACCUGGAACGUCAGCAUUCCAUUGGAUUUUCUUGCGGGUUUGAUGUCUAGAAUGAUGCAAACGAUAAUCAAGUAGCCUUGACCAAUUUGUUUAAAAUGAGCUCACCUCUAUCUCUGUUGGGGAAAAACCGUAGAGCACCCCUGCCUGGAUCUCUGGAUGAAGGGAGAAAAAGAGUGCCCUUCAAGCAAAGUUCAUCCAUUGAAAAUGAGUUGGGUGUGUUGAAAGACAUCCUCUCCACCGGGUGUCACUCAAACCGUUCAAACGCUGAUGGUGCUGUGUCCUUAAAGAUGUCACAGAGGGGGAGAGUAGCUGACAACCGCACUCCUACAGACUUUGAGCUGAUGUCCACUAUGAUGCAGAAGCUGGCCCAGCUAGAGAUCAGAGUGAAGGCGCAAGCUUUGGACAUUCAAAGGAAGGAAAAGACAAUCGCUGUUCUAGAAGAGAAGUUGACGUUUGAGAAGAAGUCAAAAGAACAAAACUGUGAACAGGAACUGGUUGAGAAAUGUCACAAGCUGCAGAAGCAAGUGUGGGAAAUGGAGCAAUUUCUGGCUGACUAUGGCAUGAUCUGGAUCGGAAGCAAUGGCGACGUUUGUGCUGAUGAACGCAGCUCCGACAUGGAUGACGUAGACAAACACACAAAGCAAGGCCUAUGGGAGCCAGCCACCUCCAGGACGGGAGAGUUCAGGAUGAACUUUGACCUUGUGCUGGCAAACAUCCGGGAGCUGAAUGUGCUGGCGGGCGAGGGGGAGUCCUACGUGAAGGUCGUUCCCGGGGGCGCCCAGCUGGCCCAACGGACAGCCAUUCCCUUACAGCUGUACAGCAACGGCAUUGUGAUGUUCAGCGGGCCCUUCCGCUCCUACGACGAGCCCAGCACCCAGCUAUGCAUGCAGGACCUGGCGGAUGGCUAUUUCCCCUCGGAGCUGCAGGAGCGGUUUCCUGAUGGCGUUCCCUUCCAGGUGCAGGACAGGCGGGAGGAAGUCUACAAAGACCGGCGAGAGCAGAAGGACUUUCCUGGCAAGGGUCGGCUGGUGUGUGGAGCGUCCAGUGAGACCUCAGCUCAAAGCCCGGCCACAUCAACUCAGGCCACCAGCUGUGCAUCAGGCAAGGCGGCGUCCACGGAGCAGUUCUUGAAGAGGCUACCAAAGACGGUCAUCAAAGCUGGAAAGGUGAUCGACAUUCGUGACUCGUUAAGAAACCAUUUAAAGAGUUCAGCUGUGGAGGACCAGCACCCUUCUGUGAUCAUUGUAGACACCCCAGCACUGCAGACCUCACAAGAGAGGUUGGAUCAGCCGGACGGAACUGCGUGUGACGCCGACGGGGACAUCAGCACCCUGAGAGUGAAGUCUGAGAACGGGGAGAAGACUUUUGUUCUGAAGAUGAACGUCACUCAGACAGUAGGAGACCUCCGGCAGUACCUGGACAAGUACAGAUGCUCCGGUUCCUCUCCAUAUAACAUCAUCAGUGUGUUUCCACGACGGCGCUAUGACGACGACUCCCAAACACUUGCAGCUUGUGGCCUCACACCGAGUGCCGCGCUGUUGCUUCAACCUUACUGAUGGACACGUACAGAUACAAGCACACACAUACAGUACAGAAACAAGCGCAUACACACAGAUACAAGCACACACACACACACACACACACACACACACACACACACACAAUCUGUGGACACAAAAACACUUGCAUGGACACAACAAUGCACAACUUCACACUCUGCAUAGCAAUCCUUACAGAUGUCCUGUUCAGUCUACAUGAUGACACCCAAGUGUUUUGUAAUGCUCUAUUUGAAUGCAGAUAAAGGAACAAACACAAAUGACUCCAAAUUUAUUGAAAACAAACUUUAUUUCUAAAAUAUGUGAAAUUUAAGACAAAAAUAGAUAUCUUUUAGUGUUGCAAAAACAGCUGGCUUAACUGGUUUGUUUUAGCUUGUUUCUUCUUAGUCACUCACACACGCUCACACACUAACAUUCUCUGUGCAGUCUGGUCAUGACCACGGACUAUGUGCAGUACUUGCCCCAACAUCAUUUCAUUAAUAAAUUAUUUCCAGACAUUUCAAAGGGACUUCUGGC